CACGUUUCUCCGCUUCACUCCGCAGGCUGUCACACUCCGCAGGCUGUCUGAGCGCGGUUUUCCUGCCGGGGCAAACCUCCCGAACCAUCACGAGCCGCCGUCCAUUUGCUGGUAAUCAUGUUUGAGACCAGUAGGGAUGAUUUGUUCCUGCCUUCCUAUCAGGAUGAGGAGAUGGUGGAAAACCUGUUGUCCAGUGAUGAGUCAGAUGGAGGUGGUUGUGGUGGCGGCGUCUCCCUGGCCAAGGCCCUGCUCCCCCUGGUAGAGUCCUCCUCUCCUCCCCUCAUCCCCUGGGUCUGCUCCACCCGCUACAAGACGGAGCUCUGUACCACCUAUUCAGCAACUGGUUUCUGCAAGUAUGCAGAGCGCUGCCAGUUUGCCCAUGGCCUCCACGAGCUCCAUGUUCCCUUCCGCCACCCAAAGUACAAGACAGAGUUGUGUCGCAGCUACCACACAACUGGCUACUGCUACUACGGAAGCCGCUGCCUGUUUGUCCACAGCCCCACUGAACAACGGCCCGCCCAGCGCCGCCGCAGGAAUGUCGCCUGUCGCACCUUCCGCUCCUUUGGUGUUUGUCCCUUUGGCACCCGCUGUAACUUUCUGCAUAUUGAAGGUGGAGAUGUUGCCAGCGGUCUGGAGUCGCCUGAUGUUAGUGAAGAGAAGACUCCACCUGUUCCCAGUCCCCAGCACCAAACACACUCCAGGGAGUGGAAGCCACGUGGAGCUCUGUGCCGCACUUUCAGCUCCUUUGGUUUCUGCCUGUAUGGCACGCGCUGCCGCUUCCAGCACGGCCUCCCCAGCAAGAUCAAAACCUCUGACCAAGGAGGGUCCUUCUGCGCUCAGCCGUCCCCUGGCAGUUCCGGUUUACCUUCCCCCACCUCCCCCUUCACAUCCACCUCACCCAACUCCUCAACCUCCUCUUCUCCAUCAGCCUCCCCUCUCGCCACCCCGCCUGCGGAGGCCACGGCCCACAACGCCUUCACCUUCUCCAGUCAGCACCUGAGCGACCUGCUGCUGCCGCUGGCCCUCCACCUGCAGCAGCUGGAGAGCAGCAAGGCCCAGGAGAUCUGGGACAACAGGGCGCUCUAAGUGGACGUGGUCAUAGUUAGAACCAGCAUCAGCACUGA